AUGACUGAUACCAAAGAGGAAAAGCUGGCCGCUAUCGACUAUGGCCUUGGCGAUCUGCACGACGAUUCGGCGCUGUUGCGUCGGAUCGAUUGGCGCAUAUUGCCUAUUAUGUUUUUGACGUACUUUUUGCAGUUUCUUGAUAAGGUGGCUUUGAAUUACGCAAAUGUGAUGGGCAUGCAAGACGAUCUCGGUAUGAAGGGUAAUGACUUCUCCUGGCUGGCUACAGGAUUCUUCAUCGCUUAUGCUGUGGCUGAGAUCCCUCAGGGGUUCUUACUCCAACGAUAUCCCAUCACUAAGGUCCUCGGAAUCAACAUCCUCUGCUGGGGAGUACUCCUCUGCUGCUCUGCCGCAGCCCAGAAUUUUGCAGGAAUGAUGUCGCUACGAGUGCUUCUUGGCACAUUAGAAGCUGUGAUUGCCCCCGCUUUAACAAUGUACACAAGCAUGUGGUACACGCGCGCCGAAUCCACCCCUCGCUAUGGCCUCUGGUACUGCGGACUCGGCACCGGGCAGAUCAUCGGCGGAUUGAUAUCCUUCGCAGCACAGCAUGCCCCAGCAACGUUAUCAUUUCACGGAUGGCGGAUCAUGUUCGUAGUAGUCGGGGCAGUAAAUGUGCUCGUGGCACUGCUCGUACUUUUUAUUCUGCCCGCCACGCCAUCUGAAGCACGCUUCCUGAGCAUAUCCGAGAAGAGUCGCGUGGAGGAGCGCCUCCGACAAGACCAAGCCGGCGUGGGCGAGAAAAUCUUCCGUGCGAUAUCGCUCCUCGAAGCAUUUGCAGAUUUGCAGACUGCGCUUUUGGUGCUUCUGACUAUUUUAAUCACCAUUCCCAGUGGGGUUAUCACGACGUUCUCAUCUAUUCUGAUUAAGGACUUUGGAUAUGACUCAAAGGAGAGUGCGUUGCUUAAUAUGCCCUCUGGGGUGGUUAGUAUUGUUUCUACAAUGGCGUCCACAAUGGCCAUUGCGCGAGGAUACUCGCGUUGGCUGGCGAUUAAUGUUCUCCUGGUCCCUACGUUGCUUGGGGCAUGUUUGAUGUCUUUUUUGCCGUCGUCCAAUCAAGGUGGUUGUUUGGCGGGAAUAUACCUCGUGAACACGACUGUUGCCCCGCUAGCUUUGAUAUUCGCGUGGACCGGUGCAAAUUACAAGGGAUACACCAUGAAGGUAGCAGGAAGUACACUCGUCUCGGCCGGAUUCAGCAUCGCCAACAUCAUCGGGCCGCAAACCUUUCAAUCUCGCGAUGCUCCAGGUUACAUCCCCGCUAAGAUCACGAUCGUCGCCGUCAAUGCCGGCGCAAUCAUCAUCUCCACCACGCUGCGGGUGGUCUACGGCCGUCGGAACGCGCGCGCUAACCGAUUAGGCCAAGCAGCGGGGAGUCGCAUGGAGGAACGGCUGCGAAGUGAGGAAGAUGAUGAGGGGGUAGUUGACUUUCGAUAUGUGUACUAG